AUGGCUUUUUAUAGACUACGCAACAAAAAGUGGUCGCCUUUCUUUACUAAUUCCACCAACAGAUUUGAAGAAGCCGUCUUCUACAAGGGUCACUUCUAUGCAGUUGAUGAUAUUGGUGUGCUUCGACGUCUCUUGUUCGAUAUUGACAGUAAUUCUUACGAGGAGGAGGUAGUAUCGGUGGAUAUUGGUGGUAAUACUUCAUAUAGAUACUUGGUUGAGUCGUCUUCCUCUUGUGGAGGAGUAACAAUGAUGGUUGUGAGGAGGUUUGACUUUGAAAGAGGCAAAACCGAAUUGUUUGAGAUUUUCAAGUUGGAUUGGAGCAAUGGUAAUUGGGAAGAGGUGAGUAAUUUGGGUGAUCAAGCCCUCUUCUUGGCUCAUUGUGAUUCUAAGCUUGUCUCGGUCAGCCUUGACAAUCCUGAAUAUAGGCAAAACACUAUUUAUUUCAUUGAUGAUGUCUUUGCAGAAGAUUUUGGGAUGUAUAAUUUGGGAAAUCGUUAUUUUGAACCAUUAAAAAUACCUUCCUCUCAUAUGCGUCAUCCAUUUUGUGGAUGGAUUCAACCAGCAGCUUAG